AUGGCUUCUGCAGUGCCCUACAAUCCGGACGGGUUUGAUAAUCCGUUUGCGGAGAGUGAAAACGGACACGGUGUCCUCAACAACCACGACGAUGACAAGGGAAAUGUUGGCGGGGCUGGCGAGGCGGAUGAGACGUCCAAUGCGGUUUACGAAGAGGAGCCUGCCGACGACAACAAGCCGUUUGUGGGUGAGGACGGUGAUGACGACGCGCAUGACGUUGGCAGCGUCAGUGUUCAUGGGGGGUUUGGCGAGCAGGGGGCUCACGACACGGCAGAGAGCGCAAGCGACCAAGUCGUCAGUGGCGACAAUGCUGCUGACAGUGCUGCUGUCGACGGCGCUGCCCCUGCCCCUGCCGACGGAGCCACCGAUGCUGAUGCCAUCUCCGCCACCAAGCCUGCUGACGGCGAAACGAAAAAGCCGGUCAAGCGGUUCCUCAAGAUCCGAGUCAUGGCAAUAGAGCCCGGCAAAACCAUCAUCUAUCGCCUUGAAGGCACCACCAACUUCCCCAAGUACCGCACCUCGCACUAUCGAGACAUCCGGCGCACCCACGGCGAGUUCGUCGCGCUGUUUGAGCAUCUCAACGGCGCCAACGCGGAGUGCUUUGUGCCUGCUGUCCCCGCGCUGCCUUCCGGAUCUAUCGGCAACUCUAACAACACCCAUGCCGCCGAACAGGCCCGCAAGGUGAUGCAGACUUGGCUGGAUCGGGUCUGUGGCGACCCCAUCUUGUGUCGCGACGACGAAAUGCGCUUUUUCGUGGAGGCCGACUUUGGUUACAGCCCCAACGUAAAGCGACGACCCCCCGCCACCGGUCUCAAGCGAAAGGCCAUGAAGCAGUGGGCUCCCCCCUUAGACGACAAUGCUGAGCUCCGUGACUUCCGACCGGUGGUCAAGGCUCUCUACAAUACUGGAUCCGAUACAGUGUCCAAGUACGAACGCCAAUGCAAGAUUGAGCGGCAACUUGCCCUCGGUCUGGCCGAGCUAGGCCACAAGACCAUUGCCUGUGGCGACGUACUGAACCCCGGCGCAGCAGCUCUGCGGUCCCGUGAUCUGGGCCCUGUCUUUGCCGCAUUCGGCCAGGCACUUGUGUCUGUGUCUGACAUUGCUUACGCGCGAGCUGCUGUCCAGAUUGCAUCGUUUGUGGAUCCCCUCGAUCUAGUGUCCCAGACCGGCUACGUGGCCAAGGAGCAGCUGACCAACCGGCACUUGCUGAUGCGGGAGUUAGAGACUCUGCAAACCAAUGCCAAGAACAAGCAUAUUGCCGCUGAGCGCAUCAAAAUCUCCGGCCAGCACAACCCCCACAAGGUCGAUGAGGCCAUUGCUCUGUACGAGGAGGCUACGCGGGCCGAGACUCGGCUCUCGAACCGUCUCAAGCGCAUUUCCGACGCCUUGUGUAUCGGCAAGACCAAGCUGACCAAGAACGUCGAGGAGGAUCUCACCCAGGCCGUGCGGGAAGUGACCCAGCGGGUCAUUGAGUGCGAGCGAAGGACGCUUGCUGUGUGGGAAAACAUCCGAGGCGAUGUCCGGGCUGCCGACGGAGCUCGGGGCGGUCUUUCUCGUCUUGGCAGAAAGCGGGUGGGUGCUUCUCAGGCCCAGACCCGGUCCCAGGGCCCUGGAGGCGAUGCUUGGUCGGGAGACCGAAAGGUGCGAGCCGAGGAUCAGGACCAGGAGGUAGAUGAGGGCGAUCUGGACGAGAGCAGGGUGGAUGCCAAGAUGGCAGCAUCGUUGCUUGGUGGAAGCACCUUUUAG